AUGAACCAAGACGACAUUGACAUGCCGUGCUCGUUGCCGUGCUCGUUACCAGACACUCAGCCAGUUGAUUUUUUAACACAAACUCAAUCUCAGGAUGUUUUUUCGCAACCCCAGCCACUGGGAAUUUGGGGACAGUUGAACCCUGCAAGAAGAGUGUCAAAACCUGAUGUUUACAACGCACCGUUCAUUAAUUUGACGAAGGAUGAAUACACCCUAGGUAGAAACAAAGAUUGUGACAUUUGUUUCAGUGAAGACAAAAGCGAAAUUAAAUUGACCAAACAUUAUCAAAUAAUCAGCAAAGUGCACUGCAUUAUUACAAGAGAAGUUAUUAACAAUAAAAAUGACGUUGUUAUUUUUAUUCAAGACAAGUCUUCCAAUGGGACGUACGUUAAUAGGAAGUUAAUUGGUAAAGAAAAUAAAAUAGCUCUCGAUCAUGAAGAUGUUAUUUCAUUCGCAAGGCCUGAAAAUGCUGUUUACACAUUUAUAAGUAUAAAAGCUUAUGAAACAAGUGGUUUGCCUGAUACAUUGAGGUCUAAGUACAUUUCAUUGAAAACACUUGGUUCAGGUGCUUGUGGCGUUGUAAGAAUGGUGUAUUCCAAACAACUAAGCAAAUCAUUUGCUGUCAAAGAGAUCUCUAAAAAAAAAUCUGGGAUUGUGUCUAGGUCACCUUUCGAUGAUCCUGACCGGAUUAUGAACGAAGUUAAAAUACUACAAGCUUUAAAAAAUAUUAAAAACAUGAUGACUGUUGAUCCCGUUCAGAGACUGACAAUAAAACGAGUAAUGACUGAUCCAUGGUUGGAGGAUCGGGUUAUAAGACAGCGCAUUAACAAGUUGAUCGCCGAUUACAACACUGAGAAUGAGAAUCAAUCUCCAAAUAUUCCUUUGGUUGGUGAACUGUCACCGCCAAGACCAUCAGUUCAACAACAGCCCUUAUCAUUCAGAUUACAUGUUACAGUUCGAAUAGAUUGGACAAACGAAAUGGUUGGGGAAAAAGUUUUAGUUAUUGGCGGCGGUGGACGAGAACAUGCUAUUUGUUGGAAACUAGCUCAAUCUCCUCAUGUUGAAAAGAUCUACGUCUCGCCUGGAAACUGCGGCAUGCAAAAAAUAAGCAAAGUGACUCUGCUAAACCUGAACGUUAAAAACAACAAAGAAGUAACUGAGUGGUGUAAAAACAAUUCAAUAAGCCUGGUAGCAGUUGGCCCGGAAGAAUACUUAGCAAAUGGAAUCGCAGAUGAAUUAAAAACCAGAGGGGUGAUGUGUUUCGGGCCCGAAAAAUCAGCAGCGCUCAUAGAAUCCGACAAAGAUUGGGCCAAGUCGUUUAUGGACCGACACAAAAUUCCCACCGCACAAUGGCGAUCAUUCACCUCCGCUGAAGAAGCUAAAUCAUUUGUCAAAAACGCGCCAUUCCGAGCCUUGGUGAUAAAAGCGACUGGUCUGGCGGCAGGUAAAGGGGUCGUGGUAGCUGCCUCUGAAGACGAAGCAUGUCUUGCAAUUGACGAGAUGCUUGUUGACAAGAAAUUCGGCGCAGCCGGAGAGACAAUUGUCGUUGAAGAGCUGCUCGAAGGAGAAGAAGUUUCCAUGUUAGCGUUCACCGACGGCAAAACUUUCAAAAUGAUGCCACCGACUCAAGACCACAAAAGAAUAUUCGACGGUGACCUGGGUCCCAACACCGGUGGAAUGGGCGCUUACGGCCCCUGUCACCUGCUGACUCCAGAAGACCAAGAAAUCGUCAGGAACAAAGUUCUCGAAUCAGCGAUUCGCGGGUUCCAGGAUGACAAACUUCCGUACGUAGGCGUUCUUUAUGCUGGGCUGAUGCUCACCAAAUCCGGGCCCAAAGUUCUGGAGUUCAACUGUCGGUUUGGUGAUCCAGAGACUCAAAUAAUCAUGCCCUUGUUGGACUCUGAUCUCUUUUUGAUAAUGAAGUCAUGUUGUCAAGGUAAUUUGUCUUCUCUGAAUAUCAACUGGCAUGCGGAUAAAUUCGCCGUUGGAGUGAUUCUGGCGUCUCGCGGCUACCCAGCUUCUUCCUCAAAGGGCCAGGUGAUAACCAACAUCAGUUCCAUAGAAUCACGUCCAAACCACUUUGUCUUCCACAGCGGAACGGCUUUGUCCAACGGCGAAAUAGUAACCAACGGUGGAAGAGUCCUGAUAACAACUUGCCUGUCUUCUUCCCUUGAAUCCGCGGCAGCAAAAGCAACCAUUGCAGCUAGAGAGAUUUCAUUCGACGGCAAGCAGUUCCGGAAAGACAUCGCGCACAAAGGAAUCGCUUCGUCGAUCCUAAAGUCUGGGACUUUGUCUUACAAGAGCAGCGGAGUUGAUAUCCAAGCUGGUGAUUCUUUGGUAGGGCGAAUAAAGUCUCUAGUUUCGGGAACAAAGACGUCAGGAGUGUUGGGGUCUAUCGGAGGAUUCGGAGGACUUUUUGACACUCGCGCAGCCGGGUUUGUAGAUCCUAUUUUGGUGAGUGGAACUGACGGAGUCGGGACUAAGCUGAAAAUCGCUAUCGAGGCGGGUAAACAUCAAACAGUUGGGAUAGAUUUGGUAGCUAUGUGCGUCAAUGACGUCCUAGCACAUGGAGCCCAGCCGCUUUUCUUCCUUGAUUACUUUGCUUGUGGUCAUCUGGAUGUCAAUGUAGCCGCUGAAGUGGUCAGUGGCAUUGUCGAAGGCUGCAAGCGAGCUGGCUGUUCGCUGAUCGGCGGUGAAACUGCCGAAAUGCCGGAUAUGUAUUCUACAGGAGAUUAUGACUUAGCAGGAUUUGCUGUUGGAGCUGUUGAGAGGGAAAAUUUACUCCCUAGAAGCGGAGAAAUAGGUGAAGGUGAUGUAGUUAUCGGGUUACCUUCUUCGGGAGUUCACAGCAACGGGUUCAGUUUGGUGAGAAAGGUUCUUAAGUUGAAUGGAAUUUGCUUGCAAGAUACUGCGCCGUUUUCAACGCGAACUUUUGCUGAGGAGCUGCUGGAACCAACAAGAAUUUACACGCGUAGUGUUGUUGAGGCUCUGAAGGCCAAGGUUGUUAAAGCUUUUGCCCAUAUUACGGGCGGAGGAUUGGUGGAAAAUGUCCCGAGAGUUUUGCCCCCUGGGCUGGCAGUUGUUCUUGAUGCUGACAAGUGGAAAAUUCCGAGAAUUUUUGGCUGGUUGGCAACUGCUGGUGGAGUAAAUGAAGCAGAGAUGCUGAGGACUUUCAACUGUGGAAUUGGAGGAAUUAUUGUUUGUGCUAAACAGCAUCAGGAUAGAGUUUUAAAAUUGCUGGAAGCUGAAUAUCCGGUUGUUGUUGGGUCUGUGGUGAAGAAAUCCGACAAGCCGACUGUGGUGGUGAAUUUUUCACGUGCUAUUGAAAGCGAAAUGCGUCGGUAUGUGCCGAUGUUGAUGGAGAGACUGGUCUCGCCGUGUAAGAAGGUGGGGGUUCUUAUUUCUGGCAGUGGAACUAACCUUCAAGCGCUUAUUGACGCUACUAGAGACCCUGCGCAGAGAAUGUGCGCAGAAAUAGUUCUUGUUCUGUCGAACAAGCCCGGAGUCGAGGGACUGCAACGGGCUAAACGGGCUGGCAUUCCCACGAGCGUUAUUAAGCACGUGGAUUAUAAGACACGCGAAGAGUUUGAUGAAGCUAUGGAUCAGGAGUUGAGCGCUAAGGGAGUGGAAAUAGUUUGUCUUGCGGGAUUUAUGAGGAUUUUGUCGGAGAAAUUUGUUAGAAAAUGGAAGGGCGCUUUGCUUAAUGUACAUCCUUCAUUGCUACCAGCUUUCAAGGGAGCUAAUGCUCAUAAAGAUGUUUUGGAGAUGGGCGUCAGAGUUACUGGGUGCACUGUUCACUUUGUUGAGGUUGAAAUUGAUUCCGGAGCAAUAAUCGAACAGGAAGCAGUACCUGUGUUACCGGAUGACACGGUUCAAACUCUUCAAGAAAAAGUCAAAGUCGCUGAACACAGAAUUUAUCCCAAGGCAUUGCAAUACCUUGCGACAGGUCGUAUUGGAUUGGAUGCUAAUGGCAAAAUUUAUUGGAACUAUUGA